CCUUAACCGACUGAGCCACCCAGGCACCCCUUGGUUUGAUCUCCCUUGUAGAAUAUAACCAAACAACCCUGGCUCAUCAGCUUUGAAUCUAAGUAAAAUCUCCCUGCCAAUCAGUAACCCUGAGUCCCUAUUCUUAUCUACAUCCACUCUGGUUUCCCUCUUCUGCUGCAAAACAUUUCCUCUCUGGCCUCUCCCUCAAAAUGUUUAAUCCCAAAGAAAUCCUCAUGGUGGCCAAGCAGUUUUCUAGCCACAGUCCCGUGCAACUUCCGGCAUUAAUCAGUGGCCACUACCGCUGAGCCUGUGGAGUCCACCAAGGGAUGGCAGUGAUUGGGUCAAGCUCAGUGGUUCCUAGUGCUCCCCGACGCUGCCAGACCCCAGGCCAGUCCCCCAACCUUGUUCUUCUGUUCGUCAGCCGGGCCCUGAAGCAACUCUGUCUGUGCGCAGAACUCCACGUGGUCGCCGGGAAACGGCUCAUUCAUCUUCUGUCAGCGAGUCUUACGCGAGAAAGAGAACAUCUUCGCGUGAAGGAUCAGCAGCUCGCAAGCAUGGCGUAGCUUAAAUUACACUUCUAGGAGACACAAUGCUGAUGACAUAACAAGGUCUCUCUGUAGAUGCAGGGUGCUCCUAACGCAGACAACUUUUUCACUCUCAGAGAGUUAGUCGUCUCGUGUCAGCCUCAGCAAUACCCAACACCUGUUCUAUUGCAGCCACUAUUUUAUCUUGGUUUACCUGUUCCCCGACACGAACCCUGCCCCAUCCAUCCGAUGCCCCCUAAACCAAGGGGAGAGUUUCGGCCACUGGAUAUCCAAAUCUCUACUUCUUACUGGGAGGAACCGUCCUUCCACCUUCCACUGUUUCCAUGAAGGUGAAAAAGAUCAUAAGGUGAGAAUCAUGAAGAUGAUGACCUAGUAAACUCUGAUGAGGUUAUGAAGAAACCAUGUCCAGUACAGAUUGUUCUUGCUCAUGAAGAUGACCAUAACUUUGAGCUCGAUGAAGAAGCUUUGGAGCAGAUAUUGCUACAGGAACACAUACGAGAUCUUAACAUAGUAGUGGUAUCCGUGGCAGGAGCUUUUCGUAAAGGGAAAUCAUUUCUACUGGACUUCAUGCUUAGAUAUAUGUAUAACAAGGAUUCUCAAAGUUGGAUUGGUGGAAACAAUGAACCGUUGACUGGCUUUACAUGGCGAGGUGGUUGUGAAAGAGAAACAACAGGCAUACAAGUCUGGAAUGAAGUAUUUGUGAUUGACAGACCUAAUGGAACAAAAGUGGCUGUGCUGCUAAUGGAUACCCAGGGUGCCUUUGAUAGCCAGUCAACUAUCAAAGACUGCGCAACGGUAUUCGCUCUGAGCACCAUGACAAGCUCGGUCCAGGUAUAUAAUUUGUCUCAGAAUAUUCAAGAAGAUGAUCUUCAACACUUGCAAUUAUUUACAGAGUACGGCAGACUUGCGAUGGAAGAAAUCUACCAGAAACCAUUUCAGACAUUAAUGUUUUUGAUUCGAGAUUGGAGUUAUCCUUAUGAACAUUCAUAUGGUUUGGAAGGUGGAAAACAAUUCCUUGAAAAGAGAUUGCAGGUAAAACAAAAUCAACAUGAAGAGCUACAGAAUGUAAGGAAGCACAUUCACAAUUGUUUCUCAAAUCUUGGUUGCUUCCUUUUGCCACAUCCUGGUCUUAAAGUUGCAACUAAUCCUAGUUUUGAUGGGAGAUUGAAAGAUAUUGAUGAAGACUUUAAGCGAGAGCUUCGAAAUCUGGUUCCAUUGCUGCUUGCCCCUGAGAAUUUGGUAGAAAAAGAGAUAAGUGGAUCUAAAGUCACUUGUAGAGAUCUUGUAGAAUACUUUAAGGCUUACAUUAAGAUUUAUCAAGGAGAGGAACUUCCACAUCCAAAGUCCAUGCUUCAGGCAACAGCUGAAGCUAAUAAUCUUGCUGCGGUAGCAGGAGCAAGAGAGAUCUAUUGCAAAAGUAUGGAGCAGGUAUGUGGUGGGGACAAGCCUUACAUUGCACCUUCAGAUCUGGAGCGAAAACACCUGGAUCUCAAGGAAGUGGCGAUCAAACAGUUUCGUUCAGUAAAAAAAAUGGGCGGAGAUGAAUUCUGCCAUCGUUAUCAGGACCAGCUUGAAGCUGAAAUUGAAGAAACCUAUGCAAACUUGAUAAAGCACAAUGAUGGCAAAAACAUCUUCUAUGCUGCUCGUACCCCGGCCACACUGUUUGCAGUCAUGUUUGCUAUGUACAUAAUCUCAGGACUGACCGGCUUCAUUGGCCUAAACUCUAUAGCCGUCUUGUGUAACCUUGUCAUGGGGUUAGCACUGACAUCUCUUUGUACUUGGGCAUAUGUAAAAUACUCUGGGGAGUUCAGAGAAAUUGGAACAAUGAUUGAUCAGAUUGCUGAAACACUAUGGGAACAGGUAUUGAAGCCCCUGGGUGAUAAUUUGAUGGAGGAAAACAUAAGGCAGUCUGUCACAAACUCUAUCAAAGCAGGCCUGACUGACCAGGUGUCUCAUCAUGCCAGAUUAAAGACAGACUGACAGUUCAUCUCCUCAUGGACUCCACUCUCCCUUUUUUUCAUGCUUGCUGUACAAUGAGAACUCAAAUAAAAAUAAACCAAAGUUUACAAUCAACUGUAGAAGUAGUUUAGUAUAACUGGCUUCACAGAUGGCUGCCACAGAGUGUGAAAAUUGUUUGUUGGUUUUAAGCAUUCUGUUCUUGGCUCCUAAGACAUGGAGAUUGGCUGAGGAGCAUUAGUUUAUCAUGCACAUUUGUGCCAUGUUUCUUUCUUUCUUUCUUUCUUCCUUUCUUUUUUUUUUUUUUUCCUUUUUACUUAAUCUAAUGUUAAUGAAAUUUGUCUUAUGUAAAAGGAUAUUUCAGGGAAAUAUUUUAAGAAAUCUAUUUAGAGUCUCUUUAACACCAGUGUCCCAUUGAAAUUUUAAUUUCUAGUGAAGUUAUGAAUCACUGUAUCAAGAAUCAGAUCGGGAUGACAAUGAAGCCUUUAUUGAGCCACUACAUUAAAAGUAUAUAUUGCUUUACUGCCUUCAAUACCAGUAUUACAUAAAUGCAUGUGUCAGAAGUCUCACAGAAAUUACAUGACAACUCUUGUAGCUAAGAAAGUGAUUCUGAGGUGUACAUUUGUCUUGCCUUUUUAAAUUUAUAAACCUGCCCUAAAAGGAGAUGCAUAUCUGGGAAACUGAACUGUCUUUAUUCAGUUUAGCCUUCGUGUACAUAAAAUAUGCCAUUAAUUUUAUUGGGGGAGAAAUUCCAUCCAAAAAUGUUGCCUACAGCUAUGAGUUCAGAGUGUCUGUACAGUGUGUAGCUUUUAUUUUCUAAAACCACAGAUAGGGCAUGUAUAUGAAUUAUAAAUAUAUAAAUACGAUUUUGUAUUAAAAGUUUUGUAGUUUAUGGCAAAAUCUGGUUCUGUGGUAGGCUAAGUGCAGUCCCUGUGAAGGAAUGUUUGUGGCUCAUGUCAGUGUGUGAAUGCAUAGACAAUUUGAAGUUUUUGAUAUAUUUGUGAUAUUUAUCUUCCUUGAGCACUGCAGUCUCCCCCCCCCCCCCCCCCCCCCCAAGGGAAUUCAAUGGGAAUGUUUAUCGUGACUUUGUCCUCUGUUGCAUUUUAAAGUUAUUUCCUGUAAUUUAUUUUCAGUACAUAAUUAAAAAUUUGUUGUAUAUAUAAAA